UUCAUCUUCACAUCCUUCCAAAUUAACUUCAAGUAUCCGAAUCCUUUUAAAAUGCUCAGCUGCAAUUGUGGUCACAGUAAAGCAAGCUAUGCUUUAAUUUCUUCUGUGUGAAAAGGUUUCUUGAGAAGGAUUAGCUGGACAGACGCAAAGAGGCUGUUUCCUCUGGCUGGACCAAGGGUUAUACACUUAGGUUACGGAGUCAGCCUUGAUGAAGAGAAGUUUCUUUAACCUGAUCAUUAAUGGAGAGCUAUGAAGAGUUCAGCAAAGCUCAUCUUGCUCAAAUCAAAGCCAAGGUCACAAUGGAGAAAAAUUCUCUACCAGCAACAAGCUCCAGAGGCUCUUUGAUUCGGUUUCAUGGUGUCGCUGUACUUUCACCACUGCUUUCCUCAGAACAAAGGAAAGAGAUACGUGAAUAUCAAUUGAAGGUCAGAAGCAGCAGUAAAACAUCAGAUGAGAAACUGGCUGAAGCACAAAGGAGUACAUCGUUACUGAAAGUGCAUGGACCAUUGAACAGGGAAGCAAGCAAACUGCUCCAUAGUUUGCUGCCACGCAAAGAGCCAUCAGUUGAGGAAAUUCGGGAACAUUAUUCAUUUCCAUUGAUGCCCAACAUGCCUGUGGGUACUGAACUUGUUACAGAGAUGAUCAAUGUAGGGGAUUGGAAAACCACAACCACAAUGCAACAAACCUCAGUAGGACACCGGGGAUCACCAAUAUUUGAACCUCACUUUGCACAGAUCACAGAUGAGGUUGGAGAAGCAUGCUCAACAAACCUUGAGAGAGAUCGUGUGCCUGUAAUAAUGAUCUCUGAUUUGAUUAAUGAAAACCCUGGUAUUUCAAAUUACCACACCAGUUCUUCUUGCUUGGAUCAACUUCUGAGGAAGAAUCCAAAGGUCAACAGUUGCAAAUAUAAUGAUCCUGAGUCAGAUGACUUUGAAAAGACAGCUGUUCAUGCUCUUCAAAAUGUCACCGUACAUCAACUAAAUGAUGCAACAAAAUGUAAAGCAACCAAUUCUACCAGUAAGCAGGCGAAGGUAGAUCAGGUUGGGAGUGAUGACUCUAUAGUAAUAACGGGGGACAAUGAAACUAGCAACACUAACUUGGGUCUCCUCCAUCUUCCUACUGAGGAGACCAACCUGAGUGGGGAUUCAUCUUCUAAACCAAUUGCACCAAGCUUACAGAGCUUACUUAAAAAAUCAAGAGAGUAUCGAAAUAAGCAGAGACAACAAAAAAUGCUGAAGAACUUACAUUUCAAAGGGGAAGCAGAAAAGCUUUCUGAUAAGAAAAAUAAUUUAUGUGCAAGUAAAGUUUGCAAAAAUACCAGGGGGAGAAGAAUUGAUUCAGGAAAAGCUAAACUGCCCAACACAUUGUUAACCCCUGAUCCAGCAUUGCCAUCUGCUUCCUCACUGCAUUUCACUGCUAUUCCUAAACACAACUACAUUUCAGUAGCCAGUGAUGUGAGCCCAGCAAAAACAACUGAAUUGCUGUCCUGGUGUCACACCCUACCUGAAGAGAAUAAAGAUGACAAAAUGGAUGAUGUGGAGCCAAGUCAUAACUUCAUGUUCUCAGAGCAGCCUCAAGGGACGAAUACAAGUUCCUGCUCCAAGAGAAACCCAGUAUGUUCCAACUCUGAGGGUCAAGUAUCCCAGUGUCAAGAGGGAGGGAAGCAAGUGAACAGGUCAGUAAGAAGCCAAAAUAGAGGUUUCAUGGUACCCAACAUAGCACUGAGUGGAAGUCCAGUAUUGUCAAGAAAGUGGACCUGUUCGUCACAGAGGCUGCUUGUAAAUGCCCCAGUCAAUGUGGGCAGUGAAAUGAUUGAUCAACAGGAGAAGAACUGUAGGUCAGAUUCACCCAAAGAUCAACCAAAAAUCAACCAAGCUCAGCAACAGUACAUCACUGAACUGGAAGUGAACUUGGAUAGUGUGAAAGCUUUGAUAACGGAUUUGCAAACUACAUUAACUUCAUCCUGCGAUGUAACAAUGAAUGAGCAGUUACUGAAUGAUAAGGCAACUACACGGCAGAGAAUCAGGGACUCUUUUGGCAUCAAAUGCACACAGAACGAUAAUGAAAUUGCUGAUGUUGCAGUAGCUGAAUUAUUUUGGAAUAAAAGAGAUGUUGAUCCAAAGUUCCCAUCAAGUGAAGAUUCAAUCCCACAAGCUGUUAAUAGUGCUCCUGCUGCAUUUCAGGCCAAUAGUUUACAAAAAAUGCACAGCCAACAGUUAUUUGUACAGAAUUCUCCCACAGCGUCAGCACUUCCAAUGGGAAGUCUAAGACCUACUUUUUAUAUGGCCACAAACAGAAUAGCAAAGAAUCCAAGUAUUAAUAAAUCCUAUGAUGUGGAUUUUCCAUCUUCACUUUGGACACAGAAUUUUAAGUUGAAGCAGGAAGUGGAUAAUUCAAAACUAGCGAACACUCCAGAACUUGGACCAAGUGUAUUGGAUCACAGAGUCAAAAGAAAAUUAAUGAUGGGUAAAGCCCAGUGAUGACAGGAACAGCAACCUUGCUCUGACUAGAUGUUCUAAAAUAUAAUUUAAGAUAUUUAUUUAUUUAUUAGUCACAUGUACAUCUAAACACACAGUAAAAUAUGUCGUUUUUGCGUUACUGAGAAUGUACUGGGGACAGCCCGCAAAAGUCACCACUCUAACUCGAGCCUGAACUGAGAAGGUAAAAGAACUUCAGUCACAUGAUAAGGGGAAUAAAGUCUAAUCGCAUUGAAGCAAUUUUGAUAAAACUGGCAAAAUCUCAUGUUCUUUGGGAUAUUAACAUUUUUUUCUCAAAUGUUUAAUGAUGAGUGUUGUACUUUUUAAUAUAUCUUGGGCUAAUAAAUUA